UGUUCUAGACCGAAAUUCAAAAAUCGAAUAUUAUCUGAGUAUAUUCCGGUUAAGUUGGAGUUUCACUAAUCCGGAACUUAUUCUGUUUUUAAUUGGAAAACCUCUGGGAAACCUCCUAAUUGUAAAGAGCUCACGAGAAAAUUGAACAUGUCUGUAAAGUUUUCAGAAAUCAUUGCUGAAAAGUUGUCUUCCUUAAAAUUGGAAGGGCAAAAAUUAUCUACAUUAACACAAAAAGGAAAUGAUGGUCUGGUAGAACAGUUCUUUGCAGAAUCUUUGCAAUUAAAUUUAGAAAAUCACAAAGAAAACUUACAAAGCCAAUUAUACAUUGCAUGCUUUUGGGGCUUUAAUGAAAUUGUGAAAAUUCUGGUUGAAAAGGGUGCAGAUGUAAAUUGGCAAAACAAAAGUACAUUAUGGACUCCACUUCAUGCAGCUACAUUUCAAGAGCACGGAAUGAUUAUAUUAUUUUUAAUAAACUGCAAUGCUUGCACUUAUUCUAAAGAUUCAGAAGGAAGAACUCCUUGCGAUUUCGCUUCGGCUUCUGAAAAAGUGUGGCCAUUAUUUGCUGCUUGUGGUUGUAAUCGAACAUCCAAAAAUGAUUUAAUCCAGAAGAAAGUACUAAGACAGACUAAACAUGGUAACAACAGUGAACUUGGUAACAAUGAAUAUAUUGCGCCAAAAUGUUUUAAUCACAAUGAUGGCAAUGUUUUAGGCGAUGAUUUUGUACCUUCAAACAAACCAUUGAACAUUAAUAUUUGGCGUUAAAGGUUUUUUCAAAAUUGUAAUAGAAAUGAAUUUUCUUGUUAUAUUUAUAAUAUAUUUUAUUAACUGUAUGUUUAGAUAAUCUGUAUAUGGGAAUUAUUGUCAUGAAUAUAUAUUUUAAUUGUGUGA